UUGUUUAAGAGCACCGGCACUGCAAGAUCAAAAACGACUAGCGGCGAGUAUGACAUAGUAGUUGAUGAAGACGAUGAGAAGUUCACUACUCUAUUAGGUUCGACGUUAACAGAGGAGAAAACAAUGUCUUCAGCGGCGGAAUGUACCGUUUUCAAGGCUGCAGCCCGGAAGCAAGGCUCAGUUCGACGUUCUCAACCUAAAGAGUUGAAGAAGAUAACUGAAUGGCACGGUUCAAGUGAUGCAGCUCUGGAAGAUGAGCCAUUCUAUCAUGGCUACAUGGCUCGAGCAGAAUCUGAGAAAGUACUCACCAAGAGCGGCGAGUUUCUUGUGAGAAAAGCUGAAGUCAGAGGCAGAGAGGUUUCUUUUUUUUACUUCGAAGCACGAUGCGCUGCCAAAGUUCACGGCUCUCAAUUUUGGUAA